ACACAAGAUGGCGGUAAGUUAUAGUCUUCCGACGCCGACUGCCUUUAUCUGAUAGACCGCAGAAGAAGAGGAGGAGCAGGGAGGAGAAGCCGGCCGGGGACGUGAUAUUUUUGUCUGAGUGAGACUUCAUUUUAACGGGACAGGUACCGCCGGUGCUAGCGAACAUGACCUAACAGACAAGCCAGCUGCGGCUUGUUUUGUUCCAGAUAUCGUCACAGGCUGACGGGACGUUACCGAGCAGCGACGCUUGUUUCGCUGCCAGCUGUCACGCAGCCACGACGGAGCCGUGAAGGGGGGCUCGCCCGGAGCCGAGGGGUGCGCCGCAGUGCAGGGAGGCAGCCCUACCCCGCGUUAGCUCACUGGUCACGGCCACCGAGCGGACACACAGCCGAGCUUGAGCGGCCUGCGGGAGUCACCGGACUGCGGGUACCCAGUCCCCCCUUGUGUCGCCGAGAUCCGAGUGAAGAUAAUGCUCAGAUAUGAUGCCCUGUCAGACCCAUGUGUUGCUGAAGUGGCAGGAGCACCUCAACAGCUCCUGGGCGGCCGAGGACAGCGUCCAGACGGCCACCAGGCAUGGAGCUGCCGCCCUUUACAACAAGCUCCUCCACAACAAAGAGGUGGUGAGUGUGGCCCAGCCCGUGCAAGAACUGGUCGGCCCUCGGCUGCCUGACUUUGAGUGCGAGUCGUGCGCCAGAGCCGAGAAGGAGGAAUACCUUUCGUCGCUGCUCCACAGCCAGCGAUGGUUGUCUCACUGCAUGCUGACACAGACCCGCUACACGCACAGCCUCCACCACAGGCUAGUGGUUCUCCAGAGGAUCUACUACGCACUUCACACAAAAUACCACGACAACUUCCGCGCGCAGCUUCCCGCACAAGUCGCAAACGGUGGCACGGAAUGUGGGCAACUUGAGCUGGCCUCAGAGCCCUGCUUGCCAGGGGGUGCCUCCAAGGUCAAGUCGGGCACGGACGUUCUGAUAGAGAUGGGCGUGAGGACAGGUUUGAGCCUGCUCUUCUCGCUCCUGCAGCAGAACUGGAGGUAUGCCGCCUCCACGCAUGCAGAUUCCAUGCUUUGCAACGACGUGCUCGUCACCGCCUCCUCCGUGCUGGCUUCCCUGCCGCCGCUUUCCCUCGCCAACGAAAGCAAGAUACCCUCAGUCGGGCUGGACUGCUUAGCCCAAGUGGCUGACUUUUUGAAGAAGACGUCGGUAAGCUGCGGGACCGGCGGUGCUGACGUUACUGGAAGGAGGCUGGCAUUGGAGCUACUCCUCGGCCUGGCCAUGCAGAGAGGAUCGCUGAGGUUUCUCCUGGAGUGGGUGGAGGUGGCUUUGGCGGCUUCCAUGUCCUCCCCCACGUUCGCACCAUCUUCCACCUCCCCACUCAGCUCCCAGCAGGCAGCUGGUGUGGGAUUUGAUGUCAUCCAUCACACUCUUCUCCAAAUGAGGCAGUUUUCGGGUUUCCGUGGUGACGUCGUCCACACUCCGGUGCUACAAAGGGACACAGAUGGUCUUUGCAGACUCUCCCAGGCUGCCCUUUGUCUCUUUGAGGAGAUCUGUAACCUGGCGUCGUACUGCCUGUGCUCCUGCAGCACCGAUGCGGUCGCUCCGGGCAGCGAGAGUGACGCCGUGGUGGUGUACGUGUGGGGGAGCAACAGCAGCCAUCAGCUGGCAGAGGGAACGCUAGAGAAAAUCUUGCUGCCUAAACCCACACAGGGGUUCAGUGAUGCCCAAAUGAUCGAGGCAGGCCAGUACUGUACCUUCUCCGUGUCUGCAGAUGGCGCUGUGAAGGCUUGCGGUAAAGGCAGUUAUGGCCGUUUGGGUCUAGGGGACUCCAACAACCAGUCAAUGCCCAAGAAACUGGUGCUGGAGCCACAUAGGAACAUGAAAAAGGUGUCCUCCUCUAAGGGCUCGGAUGGCCACACCUUGGCCAUCACUAUGGAGGGAGAGGUAUUCAGCUGGGGGGAUGGAGAAUACGGAAAACUGGGCCACGGUAACAGUGCAACACAGAAAUACCCCAAAAUCAUCCAAGGACCACUGAUUGGCAAGGUUGUUGUAUGUGUGUCUGCUGGCUACAGGCACAGUGCAGCAGUGACUAACGACGGCGAGCUUUACACAUGGGGCGAAGGAGACUUUGGGAGACUUGGCCACAGUGACAGCCAGAGCCGGAACACGCCGACGCUGGUAAAGGAUAUUAGCGGCGUUGGGCAAGUAGCGUGCGGCAGUUCGCAUACCAUCGCCGUUGCACAGGAUGGACGUACCGCUUGGUCUUUUGGAGGCGGAGACAAUGGUAAACUCGGUCACGGGGACACAAACCGAGUGUAUCGCCCAAAGGUCAUCGAGGCCCUGCAUGGGUUUAUCAUUAGAAAAGUAUGCGCUGGAAGCCAAUCCUCCUUGGCCCUUACCUCUGCGGGACAGGUGUUUGCAUGGGGCUGUGGCUCGUGUUUAGGAUGUGGCUCCUCCGAGACUACCUCGCUGAGGCCCAGGUUCAUCGAGGACCUGAGUAUCACCAAGGUCAUCGACAUCUCAUGUGGUGACAGCCACUGUCUGGCUCUAUCGCACGAGAACGAAGUGUAUGCGUGGGGGAACAACACUAUGGGCCAGUGCGGGCAAGGACACACCUCCACGCCGGUUACCAAACCCAAGAAAGUGCUCGGUCUGGAGGGGGUGUCCAUCCAGCAGAUCACCGCCGGAACUUCUCACAGUUUGGCUUGGACUGCAGUUCCCACGGAUAGGCAGUUGGUGGCGUGGCACAGGCCUUUCUGCGUUGACCUCGAGGAGAGUACUUUCACAUACCUGCGCAGCUUCCUCGAAAGUUACUGUGAUGGCAUCAGUGACGACGCCCCGCCGGCGCCAUUCUUAUCCAAUCGGGAGCACCAUCAGUUUAUUUUGCUGUGCAUGAAGCUGCUGUCCGUCCACUUGUCGUUGGCUCAUGCUGGGGGCACCGGAGCCAUGGUAUUGGGGUCCCAGGGCAGGCCCCUCAGGAACCUGCUCUUCAGGCUCAUCGACACCAAUAUGCCAGACUCCAUACAACAGGCUGUCAUGAACACGCUGUCCAUUGGCGCUUCCUUACUGCUGCCUCCUCUAAAGGAACGAACGGAACUGCUACUCUCUCUCCUACCUCAUGGCCCACAGAGUCUGAAUGUGCUUUCUAAAGGGCAACGUCUGCAGUUAGACAUGGUCCUCAGCAGCCUCCAGGACCAGAGUCAUAUUGCAUCCCUGUUGGGUUAUAGCAAUUUCGGAGAGGUGGUGAACCUCGGACCUCCACUGACACCUGCACCGUCUGCCCGAUCGACCUACUCUUCCUCCUCAUCUGAAGCGUAUGAUCCCUUUUACUUAGCAGAAGUGCUACUCAAAACGCUUCUGCUCAGCAUCGGCUUUUACACGGAGCGAUCUUUUGGAGAAUUGGAGAAAAACAGCGACAAGCUACUAUCAAGUGGGAGUCAACGGGAGUCAGAGCCUCCUUCGCACUUUCACCAGCUUCUCUCCGGACUCCACAAACACAUGCUUGUCAAUUGUUAUAUCCAAUCCAGCCGUGAGGAUGACAGCAGUGUCAAACUACUUGGUGAGCACCUUCACUUGAUGCUUUCCUGCGCCGGAGAGACGCUCCGGAGAUCCACCACAUUGCUAAGAGAGAGUUCCACAGACAAACAAAUGAUGAAGAAGCUGCACAUGGUGUUGUACAACUCCUUGGCAGGCAGCCUUCUCUGUCAAGUCAUGUAUUCCUUGCUCCUGCUGCCCCUGAGCAUGCUUCAACCUCUCCUGGACCAUUUGCUGGACUUGUUGGAGGACCUGGACAAUUUCAGCAGGUUGUUGCCAGAGACGGGCCUGUUGGAGGAGCAGGAGCUCGGGAUGGAGGCACAGAAACUGUGCUCAGAUAAAAGCGAGCAUCAGGAGAAGGAUGAAGAGGAGGAGGAAGAGUGCAUGUGGCUUUGGCUGCUCGACUUGGAGCGCUCAGUAGCGUUGGCAGUUGGCCGUUGCCUCGGCGGUAUGAUGCAAGGCCUGCCGCCUUCCCCUCAGGAGAGAAGCUCAGAGUUCUGGUUAUCAAAUGUGCUCCUCCGGAAUGGCCUCGAAAUGGACAAUGAAGAGCUGGACUCCAGCAUGGCGUGGCUCACUGAGGCGGUAAUACUGGGCGGCUGCGAUUCAAGGCUGGCGGAGCUGAGCCUCAACCAGGAGACGCUGACCUUACUUGAGGUGGCACUUGGAUAUUCCAGAGGGGCCGCCGGUUGCCUUUUGCAAAAGAUGGAGGAGUACGCUCUCAGCAGAGAGUGGGAGAGUGGAGAAUCUCCGGGCGACUCCUUGCUGGAAGCUGUCUGUCGAUGCAGUUUGGCAGCACUUCUGAAGCACACCGGAAUGCAGGACAAAGCCUGUUGGCAGGACAGAUAUGAACACUGUGAGAUGCUGUUGGAGGUCUUUGAAACCGUCUAUAAAGUUCGAAUGUCUCUUUUGGCCAAUAAAAACUCUCCCAGGACCUCGCAGGUGCAUGCUGCUGCCGAGCAGACCUCCCAGAGUCCAGAGGCAGCCAGGAGAGAGGAGGAGCCUGAUGCUCGGGUGGCAAAAGAUAACCAGCGGCAAUGCGUAGGUCAAUGCAGCCGGGAGGUGCAGGUGCCGCCAGCCCCAGACGCAAACCACAACCAGGACCAAGACCAAUCAGUGGAGGAAACAUUUAGUAGCACUCAAAUGGAUCUUACAGAAGUCCUAGAGUCCUUCAUGGCAACCCGUGAGGCGAUGCAGGUCCAGCCAAACGUCACUAUUUACGAGUCCUUCGGCACUUCCUCCCUGCCUGACACAGUGGAGAUCCCUGUGAGCCCGUGUGUGGAGUUGGAUCCCAGGCAGCAGUGGGACAUUGCAAGAGAAUUAGUGGAGGAAAGUUUGCCUUUCCCAGCCGCCUGUCGUCUGCUGGUAUCCCGCUGCCUCUUCCUGCUUCUGGCAGUCCGGCCGUCCUGGGUGGAGCCUGGUGGCAGGGAGGAAAGUCAGCCUGCAAACACCGGUGCGAGGAGGGAGUCUUUUCGUGGCAGAAAACAGUCUGACCAAUCCAAGAACUCCUUGGAAUCAUACAAGAAUAAAAUGGCCUUACCUCUGUGCUCCUUGGACAUCAUGAAAGACGCUUGGGAUCGACUGCGUCAGUGCAUCAGUCCGACUGCCCCCACGGCUCAAUUUGGAAGCGACACCCAAUUGAUCCUAAACCAGGCCCUGCACUUUGUGUGCGGGAGCAUGUUCCAGUCGCCAACCCACACUUGUGGCGAGGCGGAUCCCAAGGCUAUCACCUUUGCCAUCCUGCAGCAGCAAAACAGAGCAGAGAUGCGUCUGGAGGCCUUUUAUCAGAUGUCGUCCUUCCUGUCCAAGAUGGAAGACCAGAGCUGCAGUAUUAGCAAUUCUUCGCAACUUCCUGCAUUAUUGCACUCUGUGCAGCUCCAGUUCCUGUCUGGGUGCUUCGCUUUGGGGACGCAAAUCAUCGGCUCCCCCCCGGGGUCUCAUUAUGAGAUGCAGCAUUACACGGCUGGUACACAUUCAGCUUCUAUAGCCCUGCAAAGAGAGUUGCGUUCGGCAGCGCACACUUUCUACCAGCAGGUGGUUCACAUUCUCAGGCAAAGAGUCCUGCUGGAAAGAAAAAAACCAGGUUCAUGCCAGCACCUUCUUCUAUCCACCAUGUUUGCACUGAAUUUUUGCUACCAACCAAUGGACCUGGUGCUGGUCAUCAGAUGCGGCAUCCUGGAUCUCCUCUCCACGCUGACGGAAAACAGCUGCGCAUUGAUGAACCAGGGCUGGUUUGCUGUCACCACAUCUGGAUGCAUGCUGCUGAGCGGGGCCGUCAAGCUGGCGUGUACACGCCUGCUGCAGAUAUUGACUGUCGCUUCCAGCUCUUGUGAGGAGUUGCUUCCUCUUGAGGUCUCCGACGCGCUAAUGGAAGUGAUGUGUGAGCAGCUUCAGAAUAUUUUGGACACUUUCCAGCAGCAGCAGGCGGCCGAGAGAGGUUUAGCUGAGAAGAUGAAUGAGGACAACAAAAGCUUGAACGAAAGCAGCAGCAGAGUGCUUGAAUGUCAGCUUGCAGACUUCCUGGUCUUUCUGAGGCGGGUGCUGUCAUUAAGAGUGAUGAAAACACUCUCCACUUUCCUGAAAUGGGUCGACCCACUCAUGGCCAUUAUAUCCUACAAGUGCGCUUCAGGAUCACCAUCCUUCCAGAACCUUCGUACUAAGCUUUUGGCCUUCCAUGUUUUGGAACGACUGUUACCUGCUUGUUCUGAGCCUGAACAUAUUAAAAAGGUUGUCAAAGACCUCUUUCAGCUGAUGUCUGUUUACAUGUGGGAGGAGCCUCUGGUUGAGAGGGUCCAUGAGGAGGUGACUGCAAAGAAUCCUGGUCGCGAGGAAUGUAUUCCCAUUGGAGAUUUCUCCUUUGACCCACAUAAGCUCAUUUGCUGCUCUUUGGAGAGCGGCAACGUCCUCUCACACGGGACCGGAGGGAAAGGUUAUGGCCUUGCCACCACUGCCAUCACCUCCGGAUGCUUCAUAUGGAAGUUCAACAUCACCAAAGAAAACCGUGGCAACGAGGGCACGUGCGUGGGCGUGUCACGCUGGCCCGUACGGGAUUACAACCAUCACACCACCACCGACAUGUGGUUGUAUCGCGCCUACAGCGGCAACCUGUACCAUGGCGGGGAGCUGGUGCGCACACAUCCUUCCUUCACGCAGGGUGACACCAUCACAUGCAUCCUAGACAUGGAGGCUCAUACCGUGUCCUUUGCUAAAAACGACAAGGAGCCCAAAUUGGCAUUUGAAGGUGUGGUUGCCUCAGAGCUUUACCCUUGUGUGUUGUUCUAUAGCAGCAAUCCAGGAGAGAAGGUGACCCUACGUGACCUGCAGAUGCGAGGCAUGCCCAGUAACCUUCUUCCCGGCGAGCCACUGUGCAGCCCUCAGAGCACUACCCUCAUCGAGUCCGCUGUGCAGCUCCUCAGAAGGCUCCACCAGUGCGACCAGUGGACCUCGCACAUCAACCAGUACAUACAAACCCACUUGGACCUCAUUGGCCCCUUGCUGAAAGAGGAGGAUGUAGGAGGUUUUGCCCCAGGCCUCAGUUCUUUGGAGAAGGAAGAAUCCGCAGGAGACGACUCGAGUGAUUUGCCGACUCAUCACAGUCUCCUAUCAGAGGCCAAGCUGGCUGCUCUGUGCACAGAAGUGUGGCCGGUUCUAACGCUGAUCGGAGGUGUGGAUGGCGGUCUCCGGGCUGGGGGGUCCUGUCUGCAUAAACCCAGCGGGCGCAGAGCCGUCCUGCUGGGGGUCCUGAGAGAAAGAAGCUCUCUGGCCAAGCUUCAGUGGGAAGAGGCGGACCUCUCUAUAAACUCCAUGAAUUCUUGGUCACCCAGUGACACGCCCAUCAUCUCGCUGGAGCCCUGUGACUCGUCCUGCUGCGACGUAGCCCGCAUCGGAGGUCUCAAACCGGCGGUGCUUUUGGAUCUGAUUUAUCUAAUGGGCCUGCUGGAGGAGCGAGGCUGGCUCGGCGCACAUUCGGCCAACGUACGAAAGUUAUCGGAGGAGGAAAACUUGGCGGAGGGCGAGACACAGUAUAGUCUGGAUGAGGACAUGGCGGAUGAGCUCAAGUGGUUGACGGAUGAGGACAGGAAGUCGCCAUCCUCAACAAAAGAUAUCAUGAAGAUCCACCAGGAGUCAACCCCGCAAACCAAAUUCAACACCUUCGCCUCGGAGCUAAGAGCUGUUCGAGUAUCCUAUCUUCUCACCGGUGCUUUGAAAUCCCUCGCCGUGAUCUUCAGCUGCGAGAAGUUAUCGGAUUUGCUCUCAGUGCCCAAACCGGAUUCCACCAGCGCCUCGACAAGUCCGAUGUCGGACCAGGGUAAAGGUGAGGCCAGCAGGCAAUGGGAUGAAAGUGCCGAGCUAAGGUCCGUGCUGCAGUACGUGGUGCAGAGCAUGGUGAAGUGGGCGGUCCGACCAUGUCCCAUAAAACAGACGGUCUCUCUGGCCGACCUGGAGAGGGCUCAGGUCAUGAUCUAUAAAGGGGCCCUGAGAGGACUGCUGGAUAAAGAACACAAAGAACCGGGCCUCCACUCGACCUCUCAGCCCAUUUCCAAGUCGUCAAGCUCUGUCUCCUUGUACAGUGUCGGCUCGGAAGGCACCGCCAUCUUCGGACAGUCCAACAGAGCCUCCGCUUCAUCCUCUAACACCGAACUUGCCUCGUCGCUCCCAACCAACCUGCAGGCGGACGGUCACGAGCACUUCAACCCUUUCCUCCCCAUCAGCCUCCUUCAGCACAUGGUGCUAACUCGCUUCCCCACGCUGACCGGCCUGGUUAGUGCCGCGCCUGUGCUGCAUCCUUGCUUCAGCCUGGCCAGCUCGGCCUCCUGCGACGCCUUCAGUGAGCAGCAGACUAGCUUCAUGGAGCCGGGUCCUUGCAGCACGCAGGCCAGAAGCAGCCUGGAGCGGACACAAAUGUUUGUCACCAGUCGCUUGCUAGAAAUGGGAUUCUCUAUGAGACAUAUCUACUGCGCCAUGGAGGCAGCAGAUGUAGCAGGUGACCUGGACUCUCAAACCAUCGAGGUGUUAGCCAGCUGGAUGUUGGAGCACCCCCUGACUGAGGAACAGCAGGCGACCGAGUCCAACAGGCAGGAUGGCGAGCCCGACACGCCCUCCUCUGAUGGACCCGAGACAGUGCAGUGCCCUGAACGCCCCGCCAGCCAACCCAGUGAAAGCUUGCUACCGGGUCUUGACUGGAUAGAGAGAGAGAACUUCCUUGAUGUCCAUCUGACGAGGAACAGACCACCUCCAGCGAGGCGACGGCGUUCUGGUCCGACUCAGAGGACAUCUUUUCGGAGGGCAGAUUUACCGUCGCCUAACCCCGUUCGGCAGCUGUACCAGCAGAACACAGGCGAUUGGCCGGAGUAUGUGGAGUUUCAUCCCUUCUCUGCCGAGGAGGAGUCUGAGCUGGGCUACAUGGACGAUGUCUACCACGAGGAGACAUACGAAGACCUGCUCACUCCUUUUUUCAACCUUGAAAGAGACACGCUUCACAUUGUAGAGAGUGGAGAGGAACACAGUCAGAUGGUGAAAUGCGAGCUGUGCAGCACCCUUACCUUGCAGUUCAACAACCACAUCAAGCGCCGCCAUCCAGGCUGCGGCCAGAGCGCCGCACGCAAGGGUUACGACAGCACGGGGGCCUAUGUAGAUGUGUGGUUCAAAGGGGAGUGCGGCUCCAACUUCCCCUUCUACCUCCUUUGUACUUCCUGCAGGGAGAAGUAUCUUGCUGCGAACGUCAGCAUUCUAAAGAAUGAAAGGACAAAAGCCAGUGAUUUGAUUGGCCAUUUGGACAGCACCUCUGAUGAUGAUUGGGAAAUGAACCACCAAGACCAGUGUGAUGCAGACAGACUGACAGGCCUGGAGGACUUUGGGCUCCUGCUAAGACCUCUGGGUCUGACUGAAAAGAAGCUGGUGCCCGACCCCAUCGCCUUUACUGAGCCUGAUCCACUUGGAGCUCUGGUUUAUUGCACGACUGAUCCUCUUAAGGCUGUUCCUAAAGGUAUUCAUUUGCCGACAUCCCUUGAAUGUAGCAACGAAACGCACUGUUUGUUUCCAUCACUAGUGGAUUCUGUGGUCGAGCAGAAGAUCUCCCUGAGCCUCGGGCAGCAGGCGAUGUCUCUGAGGGACUCUCAUGACCGACUCAAAGCACUAAGAAGAGUCACUUCCACAGCUCAGAUCCUGCUGGCGUACAGCAUGGUGAUGCGAGCCUUAUCUCAGACCGCUUGCAGCCCAUCUAGCGGACUGGAGUCUCUUGGCCUGGCAGACAUCCGCAUCUUGGUGCGUCUGAUGACGCUCGCCGCAGCAGGCAGGGCUCACACUUGUGUGGACAGACGGUCCGCAGCCAAGGGGUCGGUCUCUGAGCACAGCAGCUCCAGCUGCCUCAGCUUCUUGACCUCAGCCAUCGGCAGCGUUGUGUCGCGCAGCGCCACCGCCUACAGACAGCUGGUGGAGAUAUGUACUCAGGAUCUGAUGGCAGCAGCUACAGGACUGACGAAUGGAGGAUCCAGCGAUGCGCAGCAGAGAGCUUGCCUGACAUCCAGCGUGACAACCCCUGCUGCAGCAGCCCAGCAGCAGAGGGACUGCAGCGACCAACUGCCGUCUUUCCUGGUCACACAAAGUCUGGUAGCCUUGCUCACUGAGAAUGGGGCUCACUGCCACGUCGCUGAAAAGCCUGACUACGAGGCUCAUGAUGCAGGGCACCAAGGACUGUCUUCCACCUUACCCACAGGCUCUUCCCCUCACCGAGGAUCCAAAGUGGGACCUCUCGAGCUGGCUAACGCUUUGGCGGCGUGCGUCCUGUCUGCCAUGUUGAACAGCCAUCACCGCCAGUGGGCAGCACGGCGACUGGUGCAGGCUUUAGCGGUGACGGGCCGGGACAGUCCCGGUCGGGCCCAGAGCUACAGCGACCUUGCAGGGGACCUGCGGAAGUGUCCCGUCAAAAGGCUGGAAGGACAUUAUAAUAAAAUGGCAACUUGUUUUUGGAACAGCGAGCAAAGUUUGCUGGCGACAUGUUCUCAGGAUAAAGUGGUGCAGCUGUGGAGCAUCAGUGAAAACAAUGCACAGUUGCACACUACCUUCUCCUGCAUAACAAGUAAAACAGACAGAACAAGCUCUGAGAGCAGAAGAGGCCGAUGUCAUCUCAUGUCGCCUGUGUACUGGAGCACGGGGGGCGACUUCCUGGCGGCUCCGGAAAAUAAACACGUCACAAUCAUGAACAUCAGAGGGUCUCACUGUCACACGGAGGUUCAGUCUUCCCGAGUCACGACGCUGUGUUGGGCUCCGGCCUUCAGUUUAUGGCUUCUGGAGCAGCAUGGCGCUUACAAGAGCAGACCCACCGAAAGCUUGCUGGUGGGGCGGCAGGACGGGUCCCUUAGCUGGCUGCGUAUCACCAUGCAGGAGCUGGACUUACUUGUAAAGACCACAGAGCUCACCCACUGCCACAGGACAGAGGCUCCGCAAUGUGUGGCCUGGCAUGGUGAGGAAAAGCCAUUUGCAGUCGGGUAUCCCAGUGGAAAGAUACUUUUGGCCACAACUGAGACAUAUGAAAAUGAGCCAUUGGUGGUGCUUCCUGUCCACCAGGAUGGUGUUACUUCCCUCAAAUGGGAUCCCACGGGGCACCUGCUGCUCUGUUUGGGCAGGUCAGAGGUUGUUAAGAUUGUGGGACUUUCAGGGGGAGAAUGGGUGACAGUCCACUCCCUGGUGCAUCCCUGCACCGUCAACGUCGUUGAGUGGUGUCCGCUUUCUGGCCGAGCCCCGGAUCCCAUGCUCAUGAUGGCUAUAGGUUGUCAGAAUGGCUCUGUGCAUGUCUGGAAGUUGCCUCAAGGGGGUGCUGCUGUGCCUUUGUCCAGCUCUUUGAGGGAUUCGAGAAACGCCAAUGUAAAGGAGAGUCCAACGUGCGUAUUUGUUCUUCACGGUCACAUUACCGCUGUGAAGUCGCUUUCAUUUUGCCCCAGUGGGAUGGCGUUGGUUUCUGGAGGCAUUGGAGGGCUGCUCAACAUCUGGUCCUUACAGGAUGGUUCAGUUCUACAGACCGUUACAGGCUUGGGCUCUGUCGUCAGCACCACCUGGAUCCCAAAAAUGGGUGUUGUUGUCUGCUUCGGGCGAUCUAAGGAUCUUUUGUUGAUCUGCUGCACCCCAGACUGGAUCAGUCAGAAUCACGUGCUGGCUUCCUGCCGCAUGGUCCUCAGAGGCCAGAACAUCCUUGGUCUUCAUCGGGCUCCUUGUUUGGCGGUGCUGCUUGAGAGGCUGCCCUUGCUGCUGCAGGAGCAGUACGCCUACGAGCGGACCCACGUGGUUGCUGGUGACCAACUGGUCCACAGUGCCUUCCUGCAGAGCCUGGCCUCCCUGGCUGUGGGUUUGUCCUUAGAGGAACACCUGUGCCGGUACCCUUGUCCCCCGCAUCACAACCCCAAGGCCCAAUCCUGCCCAUCCGAAUGGAGCUGGCUCGCCACCUACGCCACCACCGUGCGAAGUGCUGAGGCUAUCGCUAGCGGCAUCGUCUUCCCAGAAUCCUUUGCGGUUCCAGAAUUGGAGGAGCGGGCUGGGUCUGAAAUCUCAAAUGCCUUGGACAACAGCAAGUGGAGCUUCAGGAUGGACGAACAGCUGAUGUCUUGGGCCACCAGUUGCCCAGAGGACUGGCAGCAGGGGGGCAAAAGUGAGGUGUACCUGUGGGGGAACGGACGCUACGGACAGCUGGCGGGUACGGGAAGCAAUCCCAUGACACCUACACUCGCGGCUGCUCUUCUGCAGACACAACAGGUGGUUUGCGGUCAGAACUGUACUUUCUUGGUUCAGUCCAAUGGGACCGUGCUAGCUUUAGGGGAAGGACAGUAUGGCAGGCUGGGACAAGGGAACUCGGAUGAUCUCUAUGUCCCCACUAUAAUUUGCGCUUUUCAGGGUUACGUGGUGACCCAGCUGGUGACAUCCUGCGGCUCAGACGGACACUCCAUGGCCCUGACGGAGACCGGGGAGGUCUUCAGCUGGGGGGACGGCGAUUUCGGAAAACUGGGACACGGCAACACUGAAAGACAGAGAAGACCCAAACAAAUAGAGGCCUUACAAGGAGAAGAGGUUAUUCAGCUUGCCUGUGGUUUCCGACAUUCUGCCGUGGUGACGUCCGAUGGGAAGCUGUUUACUUUUGGUAGCGGCGAAUCUGGCCGUCUUGGUCAAAGGUCAACUUCCAACAAGGUGCUCCCUGAAAGGGUGGCUGCUUUGGAGGGAUACCAUGUUGGACAGGUCUCCUGUGGUCUCAACCACACUUUGGUCUUGUCUGCGGACGGCACGAUUGUGUGGGCGUUUGGAGAUGGGGAUUACGGGAAAUUGGGUACUGGUUCCUCAACAGCAAAAUACUAUCCUCAGAAAGUGGAGCAGCUUUGCAAUAAAAGCAUCAAGAUGGUCAGCUGUGGAACACAAUUCUCUGUUGUCUUGGCCUGUGAUGGUCACGUGUACACAUUUGGACAAGAGCGUCUGAUUGGCCUUCCAGACUCCAUGCUCAAGAACAGGUCAUGUCCUCAGGUGGUUCCCGCGCUGGACGGGCUCUUCAUAGAGGACGUGACCCUGGGCUGUGAACACGUCCUCGCCUUGUCGUCCACUGGGGACGUCUACGCCUGGGGGUGUAAUAGUGACGGCCAGCUGGGUCUUGGCCAUUGUAACCCGGUGAAGGAGCCCACUGUCGUGACAGCCCUCCAGGGGAAGAACAUCAGACAGAUCUCUGCAGGACGCUGCCACAGCUCAGCAUGGACCACGCCCACCUCUGUUAAAACUUCAGGUGGCUCUGGAAAUGUCCAGCUUGGUCUUCCGCAGUCUGUCCCUCCCCAGUACAACACUUUGAAAGGCUGCAACCCUGAUGUACUUUGCAUGCGCCUAAGGGUGCUCUACCACUUCUCAGAUCUGAUGUACACGUCAUGGAGGCUGCUUAACCUUGACGCCAAGAAUCCGGUGUCCACCUCAAGAUACAAUUCAGGCACGGCAGCCAUUGUCCGUGGCGAGCUCAGAGGCCUCCUGUCACCAAAAGUCAACACUCUCCCUCUCGUACGCUCCAUUGGGAGAACCAUGACUCAGGGCAAAACAUAUGGCCCACAGAUCACUGUGAAGCGCAUUUCUACCAAGGGGCGCUCCAGCAAGCCCAUCUUUGUGCAAAUCGCCAAGCAAGUGGUGGGCCUGAAUCCUCUGGAGCUACGACUGCCAUCCAGAGCCUGGAAGGUCAAGCUGGUCGGCGAGGGAGCGGACGACGCCGGAGGGGUUUUUGACGACACAAUCACCGAGAUGUGCCAGGAAUUGCAGUCUGGCGUGGUGGACCUUCUGAUCCGUACACCCAACAGUUUUGCAGAUGUGGGCAGUCACACUGACAGAUUCCUCCUAAACCCAGGCUUGCGCUCAAAAGAUCACAUGGUCCAGUUUCGCUUCCUGGGAAUCCUGAUGGCUGUAGCCAUCCGCACGAAAAAACCUCUCGACUUGCAUCUGGCGCCGUGGGUGUGGAAGCAGCUCUGCUCCAUGCCGCUGGGGGAGCCCGACCUGGAGGAGGUGGACCUCCUCACCUACCGCACUUUGCAAGGGAUUCUCCACUUGGAAAACAGCGGCAUCACUGAGGAGAACUUCCAUGUGAUGAUACCGCUGGAUUCGUUCGUGGCCCACAGUGCAGAUGGCAGGCUGGUACCGGUGAUUCCCGGAGGUCAAAAUAUUUCCCUGAACUUCUCCAAUCGGACAGAAUAUGUGGAGAGAGCUCUGGAGUACAGACUGCAUGAAAUGGACUCUCAGGUGUCGGCCGUCAGAGAGGGUAUGUCCACCAUCGUCCCCGUGCCCCUCCUCUCCCUGCUGACGGCCCAGCAGCUGGAGCAGCUGGUGUGCGGCCUGCCCGAGGUCUCGGUGGAGACGCUGAAGAAGCUUGUUCGGUACCGCGACAUGGCAGAGAGCCACCAGCUGGUCGGCUGGUUCUGGCAGAGUUUGGAGGAGUUCACCAACGAAGAGCGGGUGCUCUUCCUGCGCUUCGUCUCUGGCAGGUCCAGGCUGCCGUCCAAUCCGGCAGACAUGACGCAGAAGUUUCAGAUCAUUAAGGUGGACCGGCCUGUCAAUGGGCUCCCGACGGCUCAGACCUGCUUUUUCCUGCUCCGUCUUCCACCGUAUUCCAGCCAGGCCGUCCUGGCCGAGCGCCUGCGUUACUCCAUCCACAACUGCCCCUCCAUCGACAUGGACAACUACAUGCUGACACACAACACCGACCCCAUAGAGAGCUCUGACACGGAGGAGUGACUCAGCCAUUAUGCACUGAUUUUUAAUUGCCAUAUUUUUUGUUGAUGUUGGAUGAGUGUGAACUUGUGCAAGGUGUUGUGUUGAAUAAUGCAGUGCUUCAUGUGAAAAGGUACUGAGACAUAAAUUAUUUCUUAUCAUAUACAGUAAACCACUGAAUCAAUGUGCCUGUUUGUUUGUAGAUAAUGUAAUAACCUGUCCAACAUAGGCAGGAAUACUGUAAAAUAAAGUGUUUACUGGUAAACACUCAUUCAUUUAAGGUCAACAAUCAAUAAUCACAACAUUCAAAUAAAUCAGCAAUGAAAAGGAAUAGAAAGAAGUAAAAAGGUCUGCCCUGUAUUCACACAGUUACAUUUAUUGUUCAACUCAAGAGAUCAUGUAGGCAGUUUUUCUUGCAUUAAAAUUGCAAAACAGGUAUCACAAUUAGAAAAUUAAUUGGGGCCAACAUGAUAAAACACUCAAUUUAAGACUUAAAUUGGGUGAUUUGUCCAUCUUCUGCUUAUCCGAGGUCGGGUCGCGGGGGCAGCAGCCUAAGCAGGGAAUCAGACCUCCCUCUCAGCCAUUUUGUUCUGCCCAAACCCGUUUAAAGAUUAGACAAACAAACAGUGUACAGGGUUACAGAACAGGAACGCUGAUGGGUCGCCAAAAGGCGCCCGGUAAAAGAUGGGGAAAAGGUAAACGCUGGGGAAGGAUGAGUGAAAAAAUACAAUCUAGACAGGGCCCAAUCUGGAGUGGGAGAAAAAAAAACUUCCAUAGUAAAGCACAUAUACAUAUUACAAUGUACAUCUCGAGAUAUCUAGCAACAGAGGGGGGGAGUGGGGGGCCAUGGUGGAAGGCCACAGCUCUCAGGUGCUGACCAACCAUCCAUCGCCCCUAUGUGAUUUGCGUCGAGGGCCUUAGAUGGGGGGUGGGGUAUGUGUUUGUGGCGUAUAUUUUUUUUGUGGAUGCAUGAGUGUGUGUAAGCCUGCAGUGUGUCUCUGUUCCGUGGCCUUGAUCUUGUGCAGCCGCUAGUCCAAAGUCAACAACAACAGGUGUGUGUCCAUGAGAGACAAGAAGGGAGUUUGUUGUGUCUGCGGCGCACUGUCCUUCGGGAGAGUCUCGAAGCCAGGGAAACAAUCCAAGUUAGAAUGUUUUGUAUGUGAGUGAAAAUAAAAUUUGCUUCUCACUCUAAA